GAAACAAUGCUUAAAUAAUGUUAAGUUAUUUUACAAAAAUUCAGCUAUUUUUGUGCCAAAAUUUAAAACUAUAGGGAAAUAAUCAAAUAAUGGAUAUAAUAUUUCAAUUAAAAAAUAAAAUCUAAAUCUUCCAAAAAAAGCAACAAUUUCUCACAUCAAAUUAAGUGAGAGUGAAAUCAAAUCGAAAAUAAAAAUCAAUAUGCCACAACAACAGAAUCUGUCAAGAAGUCCUACACCGGGACCACAAUUAGAGUAUGAUAUAACAAGGAUGCGUGAAGAAGAUUUUGAAAGACUAGCUGUAUAUAUAGUUCCUGAUGUACCGUGUGAUCGUGGCAUUAUAGGACGUGCGGAAAAAACACUUCCAAGAAGUUUAACUCUCAAGCCAUCCUUAGUAUUAUCAACACCGACUACACUGACGGAAGGUGUAUGGAGUACUGGUGUUAUACCAAAAGGCACACGAUUUGGUCCGUUUGAAGGGAUUCGAACUCCGAAUAAACCAACAGAACAAUCUCAAUGGAGAUAUUUUUGGAGGGUGCAGGAGCUGAGGCACGUUUCUUUUGGCAACAUUAAGAUAUUCAAAGAUACAGAUUUCUAUUAUUUGGACGGUUCUAAUACGUCUGAGGCCAACUGGAUGCGUUAUGUUGCUUCAGCGUAUAGUUUUUCGGUCAUGAAUCUUGUUGCAUGUCAACAUCAAGAACAUAUUUAUUUUUACACUAUUCGAGAUAUUCUCCCAAAUGAAGAAUUGAUGGUAUGGUAUUGUCGGGACUUUGCCAAACGUUUAGGAUAUGAUAUUGAUCCCGAACGAGCAACAUAUUCAAUUUGUAAGGAACAAGCACUUAAAAAGACUUAUUCCACGAUACCUGUUUUAUCAAACCAAUCCCAACCGGUAAUUAGUUCUGCUGGUUUGUCUAGUGAUGCCAAGUAUAUCAUGGGACUAAAUAUUUCAUCUGCAACUCGAGUACCUAUAUCAGUGGGUGCAACGAAAAUGACAAACUCAGCCUCGCCACCACAAAUAAAUCACCACACUGCAGUUCAUCAUUUACAUAAUCAAGGGAGGCAUUCGCAUCACAUGAUGAGUUCUUUACAUCAUCAAAGUGUGUUAAAUCUGCGUGAAUCACGGAUUUCUCAGAGCAAUAAACAAAGCUCUUCAGUACAAAUAAUGGUGAAAAAUGAGUCAGUAACUUCCAUAGGUAAUUUGACAGAAAAUCGAGGUGGCAUAAAGGAAAAAGACAUUCUCUUGCCAUUUUCGCACACUGAGCUUGUACCGAAUGAUGGCUCUGUUAGAUCAGAUGAGGGAUAUCAAAGUAAUGAAUAUCACGAUGAUGGAUUUACACCACCCGAAGAUUCAAGUGACAGUGAAGAGAGUGAGAACAAUUAUGUGUUAGAUUGUUCCAAGAAAGCAAUUGAACCUAAAGAGACUGUAAUUAUACAACAAAAGAGUGAUCUAAACGAUGCAAGUAAGAAUGAAUAUCGCAAAGUUAAAAUGAAAAUGCCCCUUAAGUAUGAAUUCAAGAAUCGAAAACUUACAUCUGAAGCAUUGCAAAAAGAUAUAGACGACGGCGAUAACAUAUUGACUACCAAAAAUGAAAAAACUCAAGAAAAUGUAGUAGAUACUGUAUCAACAAAACGUAUCAUCAAAGCAGCUACUAGCACCGUUUUAGUUUUAGAUAGCGGUACUACACCGCAAGCAGUUGUUCCUUUAAGAAAAAAAUAUUAUGAGGCUGAGACUGCAUCGUCACCACCUUCAUCACCACAGAAUAUUGCAUCAUGUGCAACAUUUAUAAGUUAUACACCACCAAAUUCUAGUAUAUUAGAAACAAUAUUAACAUCGAAUCGUAUAGAUACAGAUUCGUUUAACAAUGUGAGAAAUUUUCAAUCGAAUGCUACACCACCACCGUCGUCUCCUACAGAAAUGGCGUACUCAUAUAAGAAAUCUCAACGAUACGGAAAUGUGUGCAGUCCCGACUCUAGUUCAAAUUCUCAAGUGAAUCUCAAUGUGAAUCCUAAUCAGAAUAACAUUAUUGCCGAUAACGAAGUUUGUAGAGAACCUAUCAGAAUUACAACACAAGUAGUGUCUCCUCGAUCCGUUACAGUUGAAACUACUGUACACUCUCUGGAGCACUCAAGUCAAGCAAGUUUCAUUUAUAACAAUCCUCAAACAUCUUAUGAGCAACAACGAACAUCACCUUCUGCAUAUCCAUAUUCAGUUUUAUCUUCUCCAUCUACUGUUAAUCUUAACCCGCCUAAUUCGGUUUUACCAUCAAAUUAUUCACCACCUCUCAAUAAUGGACAUUACGAACGAUUAUCGGCUCAUACAAUACACUCUUCUUCAGGAGGAAUAAUUAAUCUACAAACUGGAAGCCAACUUUCACUGGCUCAUCCUUUAAUGCAACCUUUAUCUCCUUUAACACAUCUAACAUCACCUAGUGGUCCAAUGUCACCAUGCAGUCUAAGUCCUGAUGGAUCAGGUGGUCGUCGCAGUGAAAGUCCAUUAAGUCCAAACUCACAAGGUUCUCGUGGAUACCGUAGUCUACCAUAUCCUUUGAAAAAACGUGAUGGUAAAAUGCAUUAUGAAUGCAAUGUUUGCUGUAAAACGUUCGGACAACUCUCCAACUUGAAGGUUCAUUUGAGAACGCAUUCUGGUGAGCGACCGUUCAAAUGUAACGUUUGUACGAAAUCAUUUACUCAACUUGCCCACUUGCAAAAACAUCAUUUGGUUCAUACAGGAGAAAAACCUCACCAAUGUGAUAUAUGUAAGAAACGAUUUUCUUCAACAUCAAAUCUCAAAACGCACUUAAGACUCCAUAGUGGGCAGAAACCAUAUGCUUGUGAUUUGUGCCCACAAAAAUUUACACAAUUUGUGCAUUUGAAGCUUCAUAAAAGACUGCAUACAAAUGACAGACCGUAUGUUUGUCAGGGUUGUGAUAAAAAAUAUAUAAGCGCUUCUGGUUUGCGCACUCAUUGGAAAACCACAAGUUGUAAACCAAACAAUAUUGAGGAAGAAUUAGCAUUAGCCGCUGCUGCUACUUCAGAGUGUUUAAGUCCUAACGAUAAAGAGCAUAAAGAACUCGUUGAUCAUCAUCAUGAAUUUUAUCAUGAAAUACAUCAAGGACAACCUUCAGUUGCAACGGAACAAUCAAACCCGCAUUUAGGAUUGAAUUCCAUUAUGAAUCUUGUACAACAAACUAAUAACACCAACUCACAUAUAGGACAUGUUAUCGUACAAUCAUCCUCUACUUCCUCACAACAACAAAACUUUGACAUAAAUUCACAACAAAAAUCAGUUCGAAAACAACAGUCUCUAAUACUACAACCAUCAACAUCACAACACCAUAUACCUACAGAAACAGGAAACGAACAAAACUCUAUAAAUAACGGUCCUCAGCGACCUAGUGUGAUUGAAUCAAAUCAACCUAUGAUAAUAGAGUGCACGUAAAAUAAAAGAAAACUCUAUGAUCUUAAAAGAGUGUAAAGAAUUUUAAUAUUAUUAUAUAAUUUAAUAAUUUUAAGUAAUAUUUAAAUCAAAUCAGUUUCGUUUAUAAUGGAAUUCAAUUGACUGGAUAUUUAAUAGUAUUUUUUUUAUUUAAUAACACCAUUUCAU